AUGGCGACCACUCCCAACCCGCGUCGCCGGUCACCGCGAGUGUCUGAUGGCUCCGAAGCAUUCACCCCAGUAGGGGACACCACUCUCACAGGGCUGCAACGACUUCCCGGACAUACCCGAUAUCCCCUCACGCCUAGCCGACUCGCAGCCAACACCCCAUCCGCGAACCGACGGACCCCGCGGAACAGGGGCGCAGGCGCACCAUCCACGCCGUAUCGGGUGCAGGCGAUGCAGCGACGCGCAGCAAACACGCCCGGACGCGAUCGUAGACGCAGCGGGCGAGUCCAGCGUGAGACUACGUUCGAUAUCCUCCAGAACUUGGGAAAAGCCCUUGCUCCAACAACUCAACCAAUCCGAUCAUCGCCGCAGGAUAAACCAGAGCCCGAGCCCGAGCCUGAACCAGAGAGGGAUGAAAUUGAGGAGCUGGACAAUGAGCCCGAGAUUGAGCGACCUCGAUUAUCGCUGCCGCUGGAAGAGGUAGAUGAGGUGGAUGAAGAGCCGGAGAUGCGCCCACCCCGGUUGUCGCUAGCUUUUGAAGAAGAAGACCUUACGCAUACCUCGAUCGAAUAUCCUCGACGGGCUACUAGUGAACAUGACAGGGGGAGAUUGUCUAUGAUGAGUGCUGGCGGGCCUCGGAUGAGUGAGAUUGGGGCUGCGACUAGGAUUGAGAGUGAGAGUGAAGAUGGGGAUGAUACGGGGAUCGUGGGGGAUGAAAAUGAAGGCGAAGGGGAGGAUACAGUCAUUAGUCAGGGUGACUUUGACAGAGGAGGAGAAACGGAGGACCUCGGACGGUUCAACUUUGACUUCAACUUCCCAACCCCACCCCCGCCGGGCGAGGAUCUGGACCAGGAUGGACCCAUCCACGAUGACGAAGGGUUCGAGCUUCCGGUGGACAUGCCAUUAGACACGGAGGCGGGGGUCGAUGAUGCUAGCGUAUCUAUAGCUGGUAACGACUUUGGCAUGGAAUCUCCGAUGCCCGAACCGAUGGUGCUGAGCGAAAGCCAGAGUCCAGGGAUCGCCGGGGGAGGCCUGCGAGACGAGGACCGAUUCAUCCCCGGCACCAAGCAGGAGAAGCUCUCCCGACAUGGUAUCCCGGUGCCUAACCUCCCCGUCGGGGUCGUGAAGAAGCUGGCCACCCGGUUUGCGCGGGCGCGACACGGGUCCAAGGCGAAGAUCAGCAAGGAAACACUGGCAGCGAUUGAGCAGGCGUCGGCAUGGUACUUUGAACAGGCGAGCGAGGACCUGACGGCAUAUUCUAAGCACGCGGGGCGCAAGACCAUCGACGAUAGCGAUGUUGCGACCCUGAUGCGGAGACAACGGCAUGUCAACAGCGCGACGACGAUCUUCUCGCUGGCGCAGAAGCACUUGCCCAAGGAGCUGCUGCAGGAUAUGAGAUUGGCGAUGCCACCAUGAUAUACAUACACACGAACUCUAUAGAUACAAGCCGAACACCACCACGCGACAUCUACCAGUUCCGACUCUGGCGCACACGCCGGGUGGCCUCGUUGGGACGUUUACGGAUGAUCAUCCCCAGCAUGAUGGAGGUUGCCAGCGACAAGCCGUACCUGGGGACAUUAGCGGAAUUCCACGGGCAGGGAGGAGGAACCUACCAUGUAAAGAUAUACUGGCUGUGGUUAUUCUUGAGGUUGACUUCAGCGGCGCGACCAAUGGGGAUGCCCUUGGCCUCGCGAUCAUACGCCUCGACGAGAUCAGGAACUAGACAUAUCGUUAGCCGUCCCAUCCCCAACCCCCUCCAAUAGAAGAACAAAACAUACCCAUAGUCUCCUCAAUCCAAACAGCCUGACUCCCCGUCAACUCAGCCAUCUGCUCAAUAUCAG